AACCACGCCGCCGCCGGCCGGCCACCUUUCUCCAUUCUCCGUCAAUCGUCAUCCUAUCCGAUCCCCAACUAGGCAACUACUCCGUCUCACGCCUCUCCUGUCCCCUCUCGCCGCUCUCGCCCCGCCUCUGCCUCCGCCUCCGCCUCCUCCAUCGCACCCAGCUUUCCUCCCCACCCCACCGCCACUCCUACCCCGCCACGUCGUGUAGUCGCGGCGGCGGAUAUGCAAGCCGCCGCCGCCUUCAACCAGGCAGCCUUCACCGUCCGCUCGCUGCAUCGCCCCCCGAGGCCCCUCCAUCUAGCUGUUGCGGAGGAUGCUUUUGCGGGGAUAAGAGGCGCGCCCCUUACACGGCCCCGGUGCUGCGGGAGCCUCUCUGUCGGCGUCGGCAGCUACGACAGCGAGCACACUCCAGUAUUUCCAAGACAACAAUCAUGGGAUCCCUACAAGCUUCUUGGUGUUGAUCAAGAUGCAUCUGAAGAAGAGGUCCGGAGUGCACGGAAUUUUCUUCUAAAACAAUACGCCGGAUAUGAAGAAAGUGAAGAGGCCAUUGAAGGUGCUUAUGACAAGAUAAUAAUGAAUAGCUACACAGACCGUAAGAAAUCCAAAUUCAAUCUGAAAAGCAAGCUAAAAGAGCAAGUUGAAGGAUCCCCAUCAUGGCUUAAGGCACUGUUUGGAUAUUUUGAGGUGCCAUCACUAGAGAUCAUUUCAAGGAGAUUUGCCUUUUUUGCGUUCUUUGCCGGGUGGAGCAUUGCAACUUCUGCUGAGACUGGGCCUGCCUUUCAGCUUGCGAUGUCACUCGCCUCAUGCAUAUACUUCCUCAAUGAGAAGAUGAAGAAUCUUGUCAGGGCGUCCACCACAGGGUUCGGAAUCUUUGUGGGUGGCUGGAUCUUGGGUUCUCUUCUUGUUCCAGUGAUCCCAGCUUUCGUCAUCCCGCCUACAUGGUCCCUUGAGCUCCUUACUUCGCUGACAGCUUAUGCUUUCAUGUUCGUGGGUUGCACUUUCCUCAAGUGAAACUUAGCAGCAGUUCACCAAGUGGAAAUUCCUGCGGUCAUCACGAAGGAAAUUGCUCUUGCUAACAUCUCCACAGCAGAUCCCAACUUACUGAUAAGCGGCCUGCUUCACAAUUUUUUUUUGUCCGAGAGAGUAUGAUGAUCUUUACGUUAUUGUUGUUGUUGUUACAUGUAUAAUAUAACAUUUUAGCAACCAGACAAUUUCGAUGGAUAUUGAAAAGGGAUACACGUUGGAUUCUUCC